CACACAGGUUUAGUUUUGGUUCGAAUGCAUCUACAGCACAAAUCAGAAUGGUAACACCUGUGCCAUCACUGACGGUCAUUCUAUUUACAAUUCUCAUACAACCUUCUUUCUGUUUAAACUGUGUUUCACCUUCAGGAAAACCAGUUGACUGGUAUAUAAUGUACAAAAUUCCUCGUCCAACAAAAAGAACGCCAGCAAACACUACCGGGGAAGAGUUUUAUUAUCUGGACUCUGUAAAUCCAGUUUUUGUAUUUAAAGGUGUCAGUAUACAGAAAGAGAAGGAAAACCCACUGUUCAAAACACUUCAACAAAUUUAUGAUGGGAAGUCAUCGGUGUAUGCCAUGUACAAUGACGAACCUCCAAAUCGCUACACUACAUGGUUUACAGCAGAGAGUAACAGAACAGCUUAUUGGGAGACAAAUGGUGGCGCCCACAUGAAAGGUGCCUACGCUUUUGAUGAGAACGAAGGCUUUUGGUUGAUUCUAAGCAUACCAAAGUUCCCCGCUCCACGAAAGCAAGGAUACAGUUAUGGUCAUUCACAGAUCAGAGAGGGACAGAGCAUACUAUGUGUUACUCUAGACAAGCAGUAUCUUAAGGCAGAAAUGGAAAAAAUAUUUCAUAUAACAAAGCCAACUAUUUAUGAUGAUAAUACGGCAAUGAAAACUGGGCAAAAAUAUAGCAGCCCUUCUUCUACAACUUUCACUGUGGUGGAUUUAAAAUCCAAAGGAGGACAGGAAUUUCGCUUCUUUGCCAAAUCAGACAAGUUUGGAAUGGACUUGUAUGAUGCAUUUGUUGCCAAGGAUCUCAAAGACAAUAUGUAUGUGGAGACUUGGCAUCCAAGCCUGAAAUCCAAUUGUUCAACACAGUACAAGGUUUAUAAUGUGGAAAAGGUAAAGUUUGCUAAUCAUUACAAGUUCAUGUCCACAACAGAUCACUCGAAGUGGGCGGUAACAGAAAACAGAGAAUGGACCUGUAUUGGUGAUAUCAAUAGAGCUACAUCACAGUUCAAAAGAGGAGGUGGAACAAUGUGCUUUUAUCAUGGCAAAGUUUCCCAGCAGUUUAGACAACUCAUAGGAGAAUAUCAUAAAUGUUAAGGAAAGACAGACCUGUCCUCUGUUUCCUGCAUAGGGUCUUCUGGAUGUGAAUUUUUCAGUCAGAAAAGGACAGUACCAGCAGUUCUAAGCUUGAUAUAUAAUUUGACAUUGAAUUAUGUGUUUCUAAGGAAAACUGUCAUCUGUAAUUUCACAGCAGAAAUAUUUUCAAUAUUAUUCCAAGAUUAAAAAUCUGGGUCACUUUAAAAAAUUCAGCCAUAUAAUAAUUCAUAUAUACACAGCGAUGGUUAUCAAUUUCUUA